AUGCAUCUGCGUAGUCUUCGCUCCCCAUCGCCCCCGAAAAAAUGUCCAAAUAAAAUAGACAUAGAAAUAUUGAAUAAAUACAAACUGCAUAAAUCACCUGAGCGUGGUUCUAGUUUCAAGCAUACUGAUGAACCCAAGAAGGCAUGUAUACGUGAUAAACGCCUGUCUCGGCCAAAAAAAGAGAAGACACGCAGAGAGGAAGAAUUAAAAAGGCAAAAUCAAAAAGUAGACGAACUAUUUGGAGAUUUAGACUUAUCAAAAGAUAAUUCAAAAUUACCAUCGAAGGAAUUGCAGAUAGAAAAAUUUUUCGAAUCUAAUUUACAUAAAUCUUCUUCUUCAAAUUCGCCAAGUUGUGCUUCGAAGCCUGUUUCAAAAUCUAGUUUUUCUGAUUCUACAUCCUCUAAAAGUGAUCAUUUAGCUCAGAAAGGUUUUAAAUCCGUGAAAGCUCGAAAAUUGACAUCGGAUACAGGCUCUAGCACAUAUUCUUCUAAAAUCAAGAAUGCCCCGUCAUCACCAGAUAUAAAAGUUCAUUCUAAAAGCUCAAGAGAGGUUAUCGAGGAAGACUCGUGUGAAGAGGAGGAAGAUUGGAGAAGCCUGCUUCGAAAAGUUACUGGAUAUAAUCCGAACGAUUUAAAAUAUCGCCGACUUGAUGCACAGAAUAUCCCAGCAGAUUCAGGUUUUGACCAGAUUAACAAUGAAGAAAAGAAAAGUAGAAAAAUUGCAAUUAAAGAAGAUCGAGAAGAGCUUGAAAAAUUAAAAAAACUUGUGUAGAAAUGCGAGCCGAAAUAUAUGUUCAUGUUUGGUCUAAGUGAAGUCACCUAGUCCCUUGCGAAAAUACUGAAAAAUUAUUGUAUUGAUUGAUAACUAUAUAAUUGAAUGCCUUUAAAACAAUGACAACUUGAAAUGACGUUAAUGUUAUUUUUCAUAUAAAAAACUAUGCCAUAGAGAAUGGUUUCAUCCUAAAUUGCCGAAAAAGUCCUGGUGUUUAGAUGCAAAAAACGAUCUGAUUUGUUUAGGUUAGAUGUAUUGCAAAUUUUCUAUACUGAGCGAAGAUAACAAUGAAAACACUUAUGUAUAGAAAAAAAUGGUCAUCUGAUUGAAUAAAAUCAGCUGACCUGAUCCGGCCAAAAAAAAGUGGUUAAUAUAUCCAAAAAUCUCUAGCAUAGCA